AUGCCUCGCCCGGCUGGUGUUCCGCAACGCAAAAUGACAUAUUUUAUGCCGAAAAGUGGUGAGAAUUAUUGAUUUUUUUCGGGAAAAUGGGGGUUUUGGUGAGAAAAUACCGAAAAUAUCGAUUUUUCGUGAAAUUUCCCGUUUAUUUUGAGUAUAAACAAGGCUGUGUUCCUUUAAAUAGGUCUCGACAAGAAAACUUCCAAUUUAAAGGAACAUGACCUUGUUUGUGCUCAAAAUAACCGAAAUUUUUGGAAAAUUUUGAAUUCCACGUGGAAUUUGGGUUCGAAAAAGGGUAAACAAGGCUAUGUUCCUUUAAAAAUUGAAUUUUUCGUGGCGAGACCCAUUUAAAGGAACAUAGCCAUGUUUAUAAUCAAAAAAUCCGAAAUUUCAUGAAUAUUUGGAAACAUGAAUGAACUUCAGUGAAAAAUGAGUAAAAUCGGUUGUUUUGGGUAUAAAAAAUAUACCUAUGUUCCUUUAAAUAAGUCUCGUCACGAAAAUCUCAAAUUUAAAGGGACAUAGCCUUGUUUAUACUCAAAAUAACCAAAAUUUCAUGAAAAAUCAGGUAAUUUGACUCUAAACAAGCCUAUGCGCCUUUAAAAAUCAAUAUUUUGCCCCCAAAAUUGGCCAUUUGACCUUUGCCCAUCCCAAAAAAUCAAUCAUUUUCCAAUAAAAACAAAGAUGAUAUAAUAUUCCCCCAUUUUCUCCCACUUUCUUAUCAAUAAUCACAGAAAAACAAACAAUUUUCGUUAUAUUUUCGCCCCAAAAUUUUUUUUUAUUUGACAACACACAAAGUACAAUUUAUUUCCAAUUUUUUAUUGGGAAAAUCGCAGUUUUCUAUUUGAAAAAUGCUACAAUUUUCGAGAAAUGGUGAGUUUUUUGCUGAAAAUUCGAGUUUUCGCUACUUUUAGACGCCAUGCGCCUUUAAAUUCAGAUUCCCUGUGAAAUUUGGGAUUUUUUGAGCAUAAACAAGGUCAUGUUCCUUUAAAUGGGUCUCACCACGAAAAAUUCAAUUUUUAAAGGAACAUAGGCUUGUUUACCCUCUUUCGAACCUAAAUUCCACGUGGAAUUCAAAAUUUUCACAAAAAUUCGGUUAUUUUGAGUAUAAACAAAGUCAUGUUCCUUUAAAUGGGUCUCGCCACGAAAAAUUCAAUUUUCAAAGGAAAAUAGGCUUGUUUGUAUUCUUUCGAACCCAAAUUCCACGUGGAAUUCAAAAUUUUCAGGAAAAUUCGGUUAUUUUGACUAUAAACAAGCUCAUGUUCCUUUAAAUGGGUCUCGCCACGAAAAAUUCAAUUUUUAAAGGAACAUAGGCCUUGUUCAACCUCUUUCGAACCCAAAUUCCACGUGGAUUCCAGGAAAAAUCAAUAUUUUCCAGAUAAUUCGGCAAAUGAGCAAGUCCGCGUGCCAAAUGUGAUUGCUCUGGUCGGCCUUCCGGCUCGCGGAAAAACCUACAUCUCCCACAAACUUUGUCGAUAUCUGAAUUGGAUUGGCAUCAAAACGAGAGGUACUGUAGUUUUGGCGCGGGAACCAAAAAAAUUCAAAUUUUUUUGCAGCCUUCAAUGUGGGCGAGUACCGUAGGAAAGCGUGUAAUUUGGGCGAAGAAGGAGAAUUCGAAUUUUUUUCGCCGAAUAAUGAAAGAGGACAGAAGAUUAGAGAGUGAGAGAGUGCUAGAGACGCAGAGAGAAUGAUUUUGAUUUUUACAGUGAAUGUGCUCGAUUGGCCAUUGAGGAUAUGGGAAGAUAUUUGGACAACAAGGAGGGAGAAGUUGCGGUAUGUUCCUUUAAAGGGUCUUGAAAAAAAUUCAGCUUGAAAUUUGGGUCCGGAAGAGUAUAAACAAGGCUAUGUUCCUUUAAAAUUGAGAUUUUCGUGGUGAGACCCAUUUAAAGGAACAUAGCCUUAUUUGUACUUAAAAAGUUCGAAUUUUCAUAGGGGAUUCGGAAUUUUCAAUAGAAUUCUAUAAAAAAUUCUUGAUCUUCAUGAAAAUGCGGUGAUUUUGAAUAGAAAAAAGUCGAUGUUCCUUUAAAUGGGUCUCGUCACGAAGACCUUCAAAUUUAAAGGAACAUAGCCAUGAUUAUACUCAAAAUAACCGGAAUUUCAUAAAGAAUUUGGAAAUUUCAAUAGAAUUCAAUAAAAAAUACUUGAUCUUCAUGAAAUUUGAGAUUUUUUGAGUAUAAACAAGCCUAUGUUCCUUUAAAUGGGUCUCGCACCGAAAAGGUUGAUUUUUAAAGGAACACAGCCUUAUUUAGUCUCAAAAAAUCUCAAAUUUCAUGAUGAGUCCUAAAAUUUUCUCGAAAUUCCGGUUAUUUUGAGUAUAAACAAGCCGAUGUUCCUUUAAAUGGGUCUCGACAAGUAACCUUUAAAUUUAAAGGAACAUAGCCUUGUUUACACUCAUUCUACUCCAUUUUUCUCACCGAAUUCAAAUUUUCUUCCAGAUUUUGGAUGCCACCAACACAACUCGAGAUCGCCGCAAAAUCCUGAUGGAAUAUUGUCGGAAAUAUGAUGCAUCAACCACCAUUUCGUGUGUUUUAUGUCGAAUCGGUUUGUGA